GGUCUACCUGUGGUAUAUUUGCGACAAAUGCUGUUGUUUCGUUCACUUAUUUACCGGCAAUCUUAUUUUCGAUUUUUUUCAUCAACUUCAUCAUUAUCAAGAAUGGUGUUUGCCUGUCAGAAAGACUCGUUUCUCAAGGAAUUCAAGACUGAAGUUGUCUCCUGCAAACCAGCUAAACAGAACAAAAAGGAUGAUGUCUUCGAGGUUGUUUUAGAGGACACUAUUUUGUUCCCAGAGGGGGGAGGCCAGCCAGAUGACAAAGGAAUGAUCAAUGGGAUAGAGGUGUUGCAAGUAUUCAGACGAGGAAGACAGGCGGUCCAUGUGCUAUCUCAGCCUAUUGAUGAAGGAGCUCAAGCGAGUCUUGUGCUCGAUUGGGAGAGGCGCUUUGAUCACAUGCAGCAGCAUUCAGGCCAGCAUCUACUAUCAGCUCUUAUUGAAAACAAAUUUGGAUACAAGACUACAUCAUGGGAGCUUGGGCGUGUAAGGUCCCAUAUUGAGCUGGACUGUAAGUGCUUGACCCCAGAUGAAAUAGCAUGCUUAGAAAGCUCUGCUAAUGCUGCAAUAAGAGGGCAUGUUCCUGUCUGUGUACAUGUCUACCCAGAUAAGACUGACCCUGAAUUAGAAGAGGCCCAGACAAGAGGACUGCCAGAUGACCAUAUUGGACCAAUAAGAGUGAUAGAAAUUAAAGGAAUUGAUAAGAAUAUGUGCUGUGGGACACAUGUUGAUAACUUGAGCCAAGUACAGGCAGUAAAGCUAUUUCCUGAUGUUGAUUCCAUGCGAGGAGGAUGUCGUUUGUUUUUCCUUUGUGGCGACAGGGUGUUCAAGCAUUUGGGGAGAGCAAUGGAGAAUGAUAGAGCUUUAUCAAAAUGUUUGAGCUGUGGGCCUGAUGAACACACAACAGCAGUAGAGCGUAUCCAAACUUCACUUAGAUUGGCAAAUAAGUCACUCAAAUCUCAAUUGCGUGAGAUUGCCCACUUGGAGGCAAGCCAAAUCAAGUCAAGUUUGGGUGGACGAACCUUCAUCUACAUACACAGGGAAAAUGGAGACAUGGAUUAUAUCAACACAAUUGUGAAUGAGCUAGGAUCAUUGAGCAUCCCGUUGUUAGUAACUGUUGGCCCAGAUAAAGGUCCUGGCCAGUUCCUUCUGCUGGCCAGUGAAGCUGAGGUCAACGAGCUGGGUCCAAGGCUUUCUGAACUGAUGGAAGGCAAGGGAGGAGGGAAGAAAAAACGAUUCCAAGGCAAAGUAGGCAAUCUGAAACCUAAAACAAGAAAGAGUGUGGAAGAAUUACUGCAACGUUUUACCAGUUUACCUUUGGAUGAGAAGGCCUCAGAAUGAAUCUGUUUCGAGUAUUGUAUUGUACAAAAAUAUGAAAUAAAACAUUGGUCAAAAUAAA